GUCACAAAGUUUGACAUUUUUGACAGGUAUUUGAGAUUGUGACAAACGACCGAAGCGUUUUGAUUACAUUCGUUUACGGCUUAAAAAAGAAUACCGUGACCAUAACAAUCGAACCAACAAACGAGAUUAUUCUCAAAAUUUAACCAAAAAUAACAUUGCUUUGAAAAAAAGGGAUAGUUUAAUUACUUAAAAAAUCGUUUGUGAUAUGGUAGCCAUGUCUCAGUUAAAGAAAGACACAAAUCCGGAUGAAAAUCAAAUCACAACCGAGAAUCGAAGAAGCAACGAAUCAACUAGCCAAUAUCAAAUUCGUCCUAGUAUUGGAAAAUCAUUCCCAAUCACUGGAAUACGAGAAAUUAUUAAUGAAGUUUUGCUGCAAAUACUUGAUGGAAAAGAAUACUCCAACAAGGAGGUAUCGGAUUGGUGUCGACAAAUAGUGAAUGAAAUUAACCGGCGCAUAAAGGACCUCGAAAUUCCACGCUACAAACAUAUUGUACAAAUUAUGUUGGCUGAACAAACGGGAGCUGGAUGCAGAUAUAUCGCGAGAUGCCAUUGGGAUGCCAGUUGUGAUAGCAAAAUAUCCGAACAUUACAAAUCGGAAACCAUAAUUUGCAUUGUUACUGUAUUUGGAGUUUAUCAAUAUUAACGAAAUAUUUAG